CGGAGACACAUGCGCGCUACUGCCGCUGCCGCCGCCGCCGCCGCCACCGCCGCCGCCGUCCUUAGCUUCCCAGGGAAAAGAAAACCUUAAGAAUCGGGCAGCAGCGGCCGGCCACCUCCGCGCUCUUGCCCCAUCCCAGUGCCGCUGCCUGCCCGCCUGACCCUGUAAGGAGGGGCGCAGCCCGAGGCACCGUAUCCCCUUCCCCCGGGGGGGCUCAGAGACCCCCCGCCAGAGCGGAGGGGCGGGGUGGGGGGGCUAGGGGAAGAAGAUGGCGACGCUGGGCAGCGAGCCCCAACCUUUCGCCCCUGCGCUCCCGGCUGCAGCCUUGCAACAGCAUCAUCACCAUCACCAUCACCAACACCACCAUCUUCAGCACCACGGCGGGGCCGGGCCAGUAGCUGGUAGCGGGGCGGCAGCCGCGGCGGGGGGCGGCGGGGGUGGCUACAACCUGCCUCUGAACCGAGGUCUGGAGCGGGCGCUCGAGGAGGCGGCCAAUUCCGGGGGGCUCAACCUCAGCGCCCGAAAACUGAAGGAGUUUCCCAGGACCGUGGCCCUCGGACAUGACCUCUCAGACACGGUGCAGGCAGAUCUUUCCAAGAACAGAUUGAUUGAAGUUCCCAUGGAAUUGUGCCAUUUUGUAUCUUUAGAGAUACUAAACCUGUAUCACAAUUGUAUCAAAGUUAUUCCAGAGGCCAUCGUCAACUUGCAGAUGCUGACUUACUUAAAUUUGAGUCGCAAUCAACUGUCAUCGUUGCCGGCCUGCCUGUGUGGUCUCCCUCUCAAAGUCUUAAUUGCAAGUAACAACAAGCUUGGAUCUCUUCCAGAAGAGAUAGGUCAGCUUAAACAGUUAAUGGAAUUGGAUGUCAGCUGCAAUGAAAUAACAGUACUGCCACAGCAGAUAGGACAACUGAAAUCUCUAAGAGAACUGAACAUCAGAAGAAAUUACCUUAAAGUUUUACCACCAGAACUUGUAGAUCUUCCCUUGGUAAAGUUUGAUUUUUCCUGCAAUAAAGUGCUCGUGAUUCCAAUUUGUUUUAGAGAGAUGAAGCAGCUGCAAGUGUUACUGCUUGAGAAUAAUCCUCUUCAGUCCCCUCCAGCACAGAUUUGUACAAAGGGUAAAGUGCACAUAUUCAAGUAUCUGAGCAUACAAGCCUGUCAGAUGAAAUCAACAGACUCGCUUUAUCUUCAUACUAUGGAAAGGCCAAAUCUACAGCAGCAUGUAGAAGAGAGCAAGAAAGAUUCCGAUUCAGGAGUUGGAAGUGAUAAUGGAGACAAGCGUUUAUCUGCCACUGAGCCUUCUGAUGAAGAUACUGUUAGCCUUAAUGCACCAAUGUCAAAUAUCAUGGAAGAAGAGCAGAUUGUCAAGGAAGAUUCAUGUCAUCGCCUUAGCCCAGUCAAAGGGGAAUUUCAUCAGGAGCCUUCCCUUUUGACUGACAAUGAUAACUCAGGAGAAGAAAGAGAACAGUUCACUGAUGAAACUGAUGCCCUUUCUACUAAAUUUAUUAGCUAUAUCAAGGGCAGAACAGAUGACUGUGAUGAAUUGUUACGGAUAGAAGAGGACACACACUGGCAAACAGAAGGAAUGACAAAUUUGUCAGAUAACCAAGAUGUGGAUAUAGCAAUGAUAGAUCAACUCAGAGAAGCAGUCGAUUUGUUACAGGAUCCCAACAGAUUAAGCACAGAUAUUAAAGAGAGAAGUGUCAUGAAUUUCUAUCCUAUGGACUCAACAACAGCCUUAGAAUUACAGGAUUCUACAUUAAAAUUUAUUUUGACGUUUCAAUGCAUUUGUAUGUGUUUCCGCGUCUGUUUCUGGCAGGGCAGUGGUCAAUAUACAGCGCCGAGUCAUCUCCUGAUUGUCCAGGUUAAAGAGGACUCCCCUGCCAUCUCACCUACUGCAAAUAGCCCUGCUCCAUUUGGCCUGAAACCUAGAUCCGACCCAUCCCUCACUCUUCCUCCUAUCUCCUUCAACAAACUUACACAGGCACAAACAUGGGACAACUAUAGCUACAAUAUUCCAUCAGAAGGAGACAGUGACAAUGUGUUCUUGAGACCACAGAGGAAUUUGGAGUCCAUAGAUCCUCAGUUUACAAUUAGAAGGAAGAUGGAGCAAAUGAGAGAAGAGAAAGAGCUUGUGGAGCAGCUUCGGGAGAGCAUUGAGAUGAGACUAAAGGUCAGCUUACAUGAAGACCUAGGAGCAGCUUUGAUGGAUGGUGUGGUCCUCUGUCACCUAGUUAAUCAUAUCCGUCCUCGAUCUGUAGCAAGUAUUCAUGUCCCCUCACCAGCAGUGCCCAAACUUAGCAUGGCCAAAUGCAGAAGAAAUGUGGAAAACUUUCUGGAAGCGUGCCGAAAAUUAGGAGUUCCAGAGGCUGACCUCUGCUCUCCGUAUGACAUCCUGCACUUGGAUUUUCGUCACAUUCGAAAGACUGUUGACACUCUGCUGGCACAUGGGGAGAAACCCCCACAAUCAACUUCUACCCUUCGUUCCAGGGACCUUAUAGGCUUUUGUCUUGUUCAGAUAUUCUUUGUAGUGUUGAUGUAUAUUGCUUAUCACUGGAAUGCUCUGUCGGCAUAAUCUGUUCAUUCUCGCAUGUGCGUUCAAACAUUCUGCUUUAUCUAACUUUUUACAGGUACUUUUCACUUCUUCCUUUGCCUUGCAAACUUCUACUUCUGUCAUCUUUUCAAUAAUCUCAGAAGUUUGAGCCAAGACAUUUUCAUAUGGUUUUCAAGAUAGAACUUCUAAAUAAAAAAUGACAUUAAAGUUCUUACACACACACACACAUUCUUAUUUCUAUCACAUUUAGUUUACUGAGUCCAUGCGAUAGCAGCAUUGCUGUCAAGCAUUGCUGUUUUUUCCUGAUUUAUUGCUUUAAAGUGCCUGAAACCAUACCUGGGUAGGUAAAAAACACACAAAGGAUUCUGUUGUUGUUUUUUUGUUUGUUUGUUUGUUUUUAAAGAAAGAAAAGAAAGGAGCUGAUUCUUUAUAUGAACAUUUUUUCCCUUUGAACAGUCCUCUGAACAAAGACUAUAGUGCAGGGUUAGGGAAAUAAGGGCUAUUGUUGGUGCUGCCAUCAUUCAAAGAUGUAAAACCAAAGCCUCAGUCCAAGGUGAUCCUAAAAUUCUUCAUGAAUGAGGAACACAGGCUGAAUAGUUUUUAAAACCCCACCCAGGGAAUUGCUCUAUUCCUGAGAAUUCAUCUGUACUCUCUUUUCUCUAGGUUGGAGCAGCAUGUGGGGGUUAUUGCCAAUAUACCAUCCCUGAAUAUAUUAUAUUGUCAUGGUGGUCAAGGAAAGACUCCUAAGUAGAAAAGCUCCAGGAAAAUGGAAUUAGUCGUUAAAGUAUUAAAUGGUGGAAUUUGCUGGCACAAGAACUUCUGUACAUUUCCAUCUUUCCCUUAUUUUUAAGCCUGUCCCAAGAUGCCAUUGUGAGGAGGGGGAAUUGGCAGAGAAGUGGGACCACACUAUUUCUUUUUUCUUUCUUUCUUUUUGGUGGGGCAUUGAGAGUUAAGUGACUUGCCCAGGGUCACACAGCCAGUAAGUGUCAAGUGUCUGAGGCUGGAUUUGAACUCAGGUCCUCCUGAAUCCAGGGCCAGUGCUUUUUCUACUGUGCCUGCCACCUAGCUGCCCCUGGGACCACACUAUUUCUGAGAAACAUUUUAUACACAUGUAAUUGAUGGUUUUGCAUUUGAGUCCUUCACUUAACAAUUAGAUUUUUUUUUAAUCAGUUCAAAAUUCUGUAGGUCCGGAAUAUGACCCAUUCGAAACAUUUUAGUCCUAGGUUUUCAGUAUAAUUCCAAGAUAUAAUAAGAUUAAGAGAAGGACCUUUCAAUAUUGGAGUGCUCUUUAAACCCAUGAAUUCUAAUAAAUAUUCACUGACAAAUUAUUUUAAUCCUUAACCAGAUUUUUAGGAUAUUACCUCAAGUGCAUUGCCCAUGGAGCAAUUAGGCAGUGAUUAAAGAAAAAAAAUUUUAAUCCAUAGCUACCCCAAAUUCUAAGAAUGUAUUACCUUUUUAUGAGAGAAUGACCUACUAUAUAAAAACAAGAAAAUUGAAUCCUGUUGAUCUAAAUUCCAUUUCUACAUGUGGCCUGUAACUAUUAUUUUAUAUUAAUACCAGAGUUGUAAUUUAUUUCCUAGAUUUAGAAAAGAUGACAUUUAUUCUCUAUUAAUGUGAACUCUUAAACUUACCAGAAUGAUAGCCAAUUUUCAUAUAGAGUUUCCAGGAAGACACAUUUUCCCUCUGAAUAUUCCUGUAAACCCUGGCAGGCAAGUACCACCUAAUACAAUUCAAAGAAGAAAUUUACAGUUUUCUUGCCACCCAGUCUGAUCUAACCCAGAUUGUAUUGCAUAGGAAAGUAGCUAGUUUUCUAAUAGAAAAAGCUACUAUUACUGAGUCUUCUUAUCUUGUUGACAAGGUGUCCCUUUAAUUGGAAAAACACAAGAUUUUUAAAAAAUCAUCCAGCCUUGUUUUAUACUUCAACAACAUAACCAAUAGGCAUACCAGAUUGUAUUAUCUUGUAACCUAGUUAUGUAUAGCACCUAGCACAGAAUCAUGAACCUUUAGGUGCUUAAUAAAUGCUUUUUUGAAUGAUAUUUCAAAAUUUCUAUGAGUAUAUCAGUAGCUUUACACAAAGGUAUCCAGAGCAAUUGUCAGUGGUUCUAACAAUUUGAUAGUCUGAAACCACACAGUGCCUCAUCCACCACCCCCUUGAGAGAAGGUAUGUUGGUGCUACUCUCUGAGGUUUUGAUGGAUAGUGUUUUUCCAGAAGCAAUAGAAUGUGUUCUAGAGGAAGCUUAAUAUUGUAUCUUUAGGUUAGAAAAUGGAAUGAACUCCUCUGUUGUCCCCUGUUGUUAAAAAUUCUAAAACCUUUUCUUUUUCCUCUCUAAUCUUUCUUUUUUACCUCUUACCAACUCAUAUGUCUACCAUUUAACUACUUUGAAUGGUAUGUGUACAGAGCUUACUGUCCUUCCAAGUGUGAAAGCUUUUUAGAGAGACUGUGGCUUUAUUUAUUAUUUUACUUUUAUGGAAGAGGAACCACUUUCCAGCCCCUCUUCUUCUUCUUCUUCUUCUUCUUUUUCUUCUUCUUCUUCUUCUUCUUUUUGCAGGGCAAUGAGGGUUAAGUGACUUGCCCAGUGUCACAUAGCUA